UAUCAGGCCUAACGUUAGUCACUAGUGCUUUGAAGCUCAAGCAUGGUGAAUGUAUUGGUAGUUUCAGCUCUUUUCCUAGUUGGGCUCGCUCAGGGAGUGCACCUGGGUCGAGAAAAAUCAGAGUUUAUACCGCUUAGAAGUAGAGCGGGAGUGACAUAUUAUGGAAUUGAUACUGAAACAUCUCAAGUAAUUUUAGAAGAUAUCAAGAACAAUUCGAACUCUUUUAUGGACCGAAGUUUAGGCUGUGGAGAAUGUUUAUCUAAUCUAAAAAUAGGACAGUCAGGUGUUAUUGAAUCUCCGGUUGGUGAAUCAAUAAACAACUGUGUCUGGCUUCUUCACACUGAAACUGAUGCUGAAAUAUCUCUAACCUGUGAUAUUAUAAACCUUCCAAACUGCUUGACCACUGGUGAUCCUACUAAGAUCCCAACCUGGAGUGAUAUUUUGAUAAUCUCUUCUACCUGGAAGUUUACUGACUCUAGGGUUUACUGCGGGCAGGCUACUGAUAGACUUGGGUAUGUUCAUCAUAUUUCCACAUGUAACCGCAUGGCGCUAGUGUUUCGUAGUGAAGCUGGACUACCUGAAGGUUAUGGGUUCAAGUGUAGAUGGAACAUCAAUAGCAUUUGGAAAAAAUAAUUUCAGAAAACAACAAUUGUAUGUAGAUGUCGAAACUUUUAUGAAUCCACGGAUCCAUUUUUUGGUGACCUCUGAAGCUAACAACUUUCGGAUAUCUACAAAGGUCAAAGUAUAAAAAUACGAGUCAGCUAUUUUUCUUACAUUAGAAUUUUUCUGGAAUAGUUAAGCUACCGAUUAAAUACGCAAACUAUGACUUAUAAAUGACAAAUUAUUGUUUUUUAUUUUGUUUCUUUUUAGCAAAUCAGUUUUUAAUAUUGAAAAUGUGUGAUUUUCAUCCAGCUUAAAUUGAAAAGUUUUAAGAAUAUAAUUGAAAAACGACUGAUAAGCUUGUGAUUUUAAUGGCAUCUAACUAAAGGAUUAAUAAUGAAAACAAAAAAUGCGUAUUUAUCAUUGCGAAUUUGAUUCGCUAUUAUUAUCCAACAUAUUGAAUUUAAAUUGUAAUGUGAUUUUAAUUAAAUAUGACGUCUGCAAUUAUUCAAUGUUUUAAAAUAAUUUUGUAAUUUAGUGCAAUUAAACAAUAUUUGCAAUUAAACAAUAUUUGCAUGCCAAGGUUUAGUUCAAUUGUGCUAAAAUAAAUACAGCAUCCGUAAUCACAUUAAA